AUGCGGCGCGCCAGCCGAGACUACACCAAGUACUUGCGCGGCUCCGAGGAGCUGGGCAGCGGCGCCGCCCACGAGAGCGCCCCGCCGCCCGCACCGCCGGCAGCCCCGCUGCCGGCACACCCGCACCCGCCGCCCGCGUCCCGCUCCCUCCUCGCCGCCCUCGUCCUCCUGGGGCUGGGGCAGGUGGUCUGCAGCGUGGCUCUCUUCCUCUACUUCCGAGCUCAGAUGGACCCUACUAGGAUUUCUAAAGAACAUGCACACUGUGUCAGAACACUUUUUGGACAUCAAGAAAACACAGAUUUGCAUGAUACAUCCUUUGAAAAUCAAGAAGUGAAAUUAAUGCCAGAAUCAUGUAGAAGCAUGAAACAGGCUCUCCAAAGAGCUGUGCAGAAGGAAGUCCAGCGUGUCAUGGGAAGAGCACCACCAAGACCAGAAAAAGCUGCAAUGGAGGCAUUAGGAAUGGAUCUGUACAAGAGAAGCAAACCUGAGAAGCAGCCUUUUGCCCAUCUCAUUAUUGAUGAUAAGAAUAUUCCAUCUGGAACUCGCAAAGUGAACCUCACGUCUUGGCAUCAUGACAAAGGCCAGGCAAACUUAUCAAACAUGACAUUCAGUGAUGAGCUAAUUGUUAAUCAAGAUGGAUUUUACUACCUGUAUGCCAACAUUUGUUUUAGACAUCAUGAAACUUCAGGAAGCCUGACUAAAAGAGGUCUUCAGCUGAUGGUGUAUAUGACUAAGACAAACCUUAAAAUAAGGCGCUCUGAUGUGUUGAUGAAGGGAGGAAGCACCAAAUACUGGUCAGGGAAUUCAGAAUUUCAUUUUUAUUCUGUCAAUGUAGGAGGGUUUUUUAAAUUAAAAUCUGGUGAAAUGAUAAGUAUCCAGGUUUCAAACCCAUUACUACUGGAUUCAUCACAGGAAGCAACUUAUUUUGGGGCAUUUAAAGUGAGGGAUUUAGACUGA